GCCUCAAUAGUGUUCGCGGCGCUGCAAGGGAAUGCUAUCGAGCGUUGACUUGUUCAUCGACAUCUUCAACACCCAGGAUCCUGUCGCUCGAGCGGGCGUUCGUCAUGUCCACCACGACCACCCUCCUUGACAAUGCAGCUCUCAACAGCACCCCUGUUGCAGCGUCAACGACCCAAGCCUUUCCAGCCUCUAGCCAUGAGCAACGGUAUCUGGUCCGCCCAAAUUAAGAGCACAACCCUGCAGGCUGGCCUACAGAUCAGUAUCGAGUGCCUGCAUACCGAGCCAUCGAUCCGAAUGUGGAUACCUCGAUACGUGGCGGAGAGGGACGUAACGCUAUAGAAAAUGGGUAGGACUCCGGCGACCAUACAGGGUCGCCAUGGCUGGGAAACAUCCAGUUGGGUGCACGCUUUGCGAUGCGCAGCGGCUAAUGAAGCCUGAUCCUACAGUUGCCUUCGUUCGGGUUAUGCUGAAUGGUGUCCGAGCAAACUCGGUGCGCUACACCAUUUGCGCGCAUGGCGCUUGACACUAAUCGCGUUCUAGGCUUUCGCCAAGGCGUGUAAUGCCACAGUGGGCAGAUAUACAGGGACUUUCAAUGGAGGAUACAAGAUUG